GUCAUCAACGCAAGCUUUUGUUCUCAUGUUAAACACGCUGGGCGUUAGAAAACAUGUUAUUUAUCGUCGCUGGCUCAGUUUAGACGGAGAUAAAUAUUGAUGACGUUUUAUAAGGUAGAUCCCGAAAACCAGUACCUCUAAAGUCGUCGAGCCCAAGUAAAGGGGUGCCUGUAGCGUUCUAUGCAACACACCUGGUUGGAACACCGACACAACAAAAUCUGAUACCCCUAUUACUACAAUGGAUUCAUCCAGCGGUUCACAUGAGAAUCUCAAAAAGAGAUGAGCUCAGUCGCAUGGCCGGAACAGUCCACUACACAGGGGUUUAAGUGGGUGGCAAUUAGGGAGUUUACCAGAUGACAUAACCGUCGCGAAGAAGGUGUGUUUUACCGUUACGGCAGUGUGCGUGUGUGUGUGCAGUGUUCAUCGGAUUCGUAGCCCCAGUCGGACUAUACGCCAGCGAGGAGACGUCCCCAACGUCGCGCGGUUCUGUGACGAAGUUGACAAACGGCUGUUUUCGAGAGGAUGAAGCACCUGGUAUACGUCAUCCUUGGGGUGCUGAGUUUGGUGAACGGAGCAAGACAUCGACUGCCGGCAUACCUCAAGAGAUACGCUGAAGGGCCCAACGUGUGUGUAGUCCAGCAGGCCUAUGGGACCGGGAACAAGUACUUCACCAGCUGUUUCGGAGGCAAGGCCAUGAGGAUGAUAUGCGAGCGUCCCACGUUUGUUAAUUUCCAUUGCUGUUCCGGAUACCACAAGAUCAGGGGGGAGAAAGGCUGCACGGGGGUGAGUCCAGUCCAGGAUAUAGUCAAAACGGUCCACAGUCUGGGCCAGAGGGAAUUCAACAACUACGCGCGGCAGGCGAACAUGCUCGACCAGCUGUCUACUGGGGGUGCUUAUACCGUGUUCGUCCCCAACAACAGGGCGUUCAGGGAGGCACCGCAGGAUGCCAAACAAAGUCUGGUGCCGAAGAACUCUGCCGACGAGUCGACGCUGUUGUACCACGUCGUGCCCGGCCGCAUCAACAUCGGCGACAUGCGUCGCGGGGACUAUGAACACAGCACUCUGUACAAAGAUGAAAAAAUCAGAAUCAACAAAUAUGCUUUUGGGGUGACAACAGUGAACUGCGCCCGUAUAGAGAGACCAGAUGAACUUGCCACCAAUGGGAUAGUCCAUGUCAUCGAUGGGGUCCUCAAGCCGCUGGAGACGGAGGGUACCCUGGCCGAGAAGAUCUUCAGCGACGAUGACUACUCCCAGUUCCAGCUUGCGUUGUUCACGUCGGAGAUGGCGAACGACCUGCGUCGUCAGGACGUCGAGUACACCGUCCUGGCCCCCAACAACAAGGCCUUCGCCAGGCUCCCCAGCGAACUGCUGGACUCCAUCCUCACCGACACCGACACGGCUAGAAAGGUGUUGGAGAAACACGUCAUUAAGGGCGUCAACUGCAAGGACGCCGUGGUCAUCGCUAUGGGCGUCAAGUCACUCGACGGCUCCAUGAUGAUGAUGAAGUGCAAGCGGGAUGGCGUCUACUUCGGCGGUGCUAAAGUCGUGGACGGUGACAUCUCAGCCAGCAACGGCGUACUGCACGGCGUGGACAAGGUCAUCAUACCACAGUCAGUGAAGGAGGUGGCUGAGGUUGCGAGGGAGUUGAAGCUGAACACGCUGAUGGACCUGGCGAAUCAGGCCAAGGUCACGGACCGACUGACGGGCAAGAAGGAGGUGACCCUGCUGGCGCCCACGGACAGCGCCUUUAAGAAGCUGCCGUCGGAGUAUCUGGCGGCGUUGCGGACGCAGCCUCUAGCCAUGGAGAAGUUGAUGGACUACCACACCAUGAAGGGGAAGAUCACCUCCGACAAACUGGUGGGGGACCAAGACAUCAACACCAACCUCGGUCUGUCAGCCAAGAUCAAAAUCAGCAUCUACAGGGGGGGUGUGGCCAUCAACAAUGCGAAGGUCCUGGACAAGGACAAGGUGUGUGGGAACGGAGUGAUACACAAGAUAGACACGGUACUCAUGCCCCCAGAGGACACCCUCAUGGGCCAGGUGAUGGCGGACCCCGAACUCAGCACCCUGCGGCAGGCUGUGGAGACGGCGGGGCUGAGUCAGCUGUUGUCCACGCCGGUCCAGCUGACCCUCCUGGCCCCCACGAACAGAGCGUUCGACUCCAUGAGUCAACGGAACCUGGACCAACUCCUCACCAACCCCGACCGUUUAAAGAAGUUCCUGGAGCGACACAUUGUGAACCGAAUGGUCGUCAAGUGCGCCAUUCCCAAGAAACACUCAGUCUACACCAUCAAGUCACGGCAAGGAGACAAGAUCGACUUCUCGCGAGAUUAUCGGAAUGACAUCAUGGUCAAUAAGAGGAAGAGAGUGAAGCCUGUUGAGCAAAUGGCGACCAAUGGCGUCAUGUACAAAAUUGACGAUGUACUGAAGUGCUCGUGCGAACCUAGAAUAAGAUAAAGGUUUCCAAAUGGAACAAUCUCAAACUAGCCGCAACAUCAGCGCCUCCCCAGGCUACAUUGGCUAGCAACAUGGUAUACGGUAACAGUGUGUGCUGAUGUGUCCCGCAUGGACCGAGGCAUUCCAAUCUUGACAGGUCAGCAGUAACAAAAUGGCGGACGGCACGUGCUGACGACAACCUACUGAAGAGACGAUGUGAGGACGUUUUAAUGAUGACUGUUGGUGUUAAUAUUAAGAGAAGUGUAUGUAGGGCUAAGCAGUGAAUUCCUUUAGAAUUAUCCAUGCAUUAUUUUUGUAAUGUCUAAUAUAUGCACAUAAUGGUAUGGGAUUGAAAUGUAGAAAUUGUAAUAUAUAGCUUUAUAUUUUGUUUAUUUUUUCAUUGAUGUCGUUUCGCGGAUGUUUACAAUUUGUUUCUAUGCAACGUGUUAUACCUGUUAUCAUACCGCCAGUAGAAGGGUUGACGGGAAUCUGGUGAUAUUGGUAUGUAUAUAUAUAUGUACUCAAACGUUUAACAUACCUGGUCACUCAGACUACUUCUCUCUGAAACAUUUAGUCACCUGCUCAGUGAAGGGCACCUAUCGGCGAAUUUCAGAACAGAAGCUGCUACAUCAACUCUCUGUAGGAGUGAUGCAACCAAGCAGACCAAUCGUGGUCUCUGCUGGCGACAUAUUUCGCCUUAUGUAUAAACAGCAUUCACUGCCUGCGACGGGCGAACCGUGUGACAUCGACAGUUUCCGGGAUGCCCCGACGGAUGUCUAGAUGCAUUAUGACGUCAUGUUUCUGACUAAAUUUGUUCAGUUUACUGAAAGAAAUCUGUGAUACCUUAUCAAUCUUUGUUGAUGCGUGAAUGAUCAACAAAAUCUGUUUCAUUUGAUAGUAGGUUUGUAUUUAGGGCAUUUUGUUCUAUAAAUAAAGUUUAGUCCAACUA